UCAGGAAAUCAAAAGCCUAUUCCAUCAAGCGCAGGUCUUGUUGCUUAAUCCUCAGUUUCCUACAACGAUAAUGGCGGACGAUGCCGAAAGGAGGCUUCUUGAAGAUCAACUAGAGCUUCAAUUACAAGAACAACGAGAUUCAAUCGCUGAGCUUGAUGAAGCCCUAGCGUCUGACCCAAACAAUCCCGAAAUCCUUGAGGUUCACUCAGAGCUUCUUCAAGCUAUCAAAGAUGCAGAAGAGGGGCUCUUUGUACUUAAACGGGCUAGGUUGUUGCAAGAAGUUGAUUUUUCUCUACAGAUGGCAAAAGAUGGUGCUAAGGGGGUGAAUCAAGAUUCUCUUGCUUCCAAAGAUGUAGAAGUGGAACCGUUGGAGGAAGCUGAGGAUGUGAAUCAAGAUCUUCUUGAUUCCAAGGAUGCAGAAGUGGAACCGCUGAAGGAAUAUUCUGUUGGAUCAAAAUGUAGAUUUCGCCACUCUGAUGGACGAUGGUAUGACGGUUUGAUUGUUGCAAUGGAAGGUUCUACUGGGGCAAAAGUUUCUUUCCUCACUCCAACAUCAGAGAACCAGCUGGUUUGCAAGUUUUUCCUACAGCAACGGUGUCGAUUUGGUAUGAAGUGCCGCUCAUCACAUGGAAUUGAUCUACCUUUAUCAUCACUGAAAAAGUAUAAUCCCACAAUCUGGAAUCAGUCAUUGGUGGGGUCCACUGUGUGGGCUACCUCAGACAGUAAAACUGGAAUUUGGCGGGAAGCUGAACUUGAGUCAUGGGAUGACAAGCUCAAAUUAGGCCGGGUUGUUUUCCGAGAUGAUGGUAGCUCUUUAAAUGUCGGAAAUGAAUCUAUAUCUUUGUCUGAAUAUGCCCAGAUGAGUGAUGAAGAUGACAGUGAUGAUUCAUAUUCAGAAUCGGAUCAUUAUGAUCCUACUGACUAUGAAAUAGAGGACAGCUCUGAAGGUAUUGGAUUUCUUGGUAGUUCAAACCUCCAGAGAGGCAUACAAACUGAAACUGCCAUUUUUGCAAAGUGGGAGAAUCACACUCGGGGUAUCGCUUCUAAGAUGAUGGCCAACAUGGGUUUUCGUGAAGGGAUGGGUUUAGGCUUGAAAGGACAGGGAAGAAUUGAUCCCAUCUCUGUGAAAGUACUACCUCCGAAGCAAUCUCUUGAUCAUGCUCUAGAAUCUGUUGAAAACAGAGAUACCCAAGAGAAAAAACGAAGCAGAGGUGGGAAGAGAAAACGUGAUAAGAAGUUUGCAGCAGCCGUUAGGGCUGCAAAACAACAAGAAGAACCAAGCUCUGAUAUUUUUAGUCUUAUAAACACACAGUUAGCCAUGCAUGAUGAAGCCUUGAAAUCUGGGUCAGGCAAGAAACAGCAAAAGAAAGAAUUUCAGGCGGGAAAGAAUGGCGAAAGGCGUGCUCUGGUUGCCUUUGAUGAUGAGGUGAAGGAGUUACGGGCAAGAGUUCAAAAGUUGGAAGAAAUGGCAAGCCGAAACAAGAAAGAAAAGGUGGUUUAUGAUGCAGCUCUUAGGAAGCUCCAUGAGACUCAGAAAACAUUGGCGGAGGUUGAAGCUGCUCAUGCAUCGGCUUCUAACGCAGUUGCCAACAAAGAAAAGGAGAAGAGAUGGCUUAAGUUUUGAAGGGCAUUUGACACAAUCUGUUCUUUUAAUGGCCAAAUAUAGACUUUAGCACAAGUUUCUGAGGCCAGCAUUCGAGGAGGAAAAGGAUCUCAUUGAAAGUUGGCAUGUGCAUCUCCAAAGUUAGAAUCUGUUGUCGGUAUGAGGUAAUUUCCAGAAGUUUAGACUUAUUAGGUUUGUGUAGAAUUUUAGUACAACCCCUUCCCCAGAAAAAAAUCCACUUAAAAUUAGAAACUCUGAUGUGCAGCCAUUAUUAGUAUGCUCAUCAGCAUUCUCUUUGUUCUUGAUUAUAGAACAUUGAUCUAGCAUAUAAAUCUUGAUGGUAAUUAGAAAACUUCGAAAUUGUGCAUAGACUCUUCAUUAGUUUAGUGGUUUGUACCUUCUCAUAUGCAUGUCCAUGCGUGCUUUAUUAUUCUUUAUUCUUAUUUCUUCUUCCACUUUCCUAACCUGCUUUUCUA